AAACAAAGUACUUGAAAACAACGAGUAUUUGAGAAAAUUAUUUGGAGGUUGAGAAGAAAAUAAAGAUACAAAAGAAGUAUUGGAAAUAUAAGAUUCAGUGAAAAGUCGGUAUAAAAGCGUUGACUGACUUUUUACGUGGAUUAUGGAAGAAGGGCUGGAUACAAAAAUGAUGAAAAGCUCGGCGGAUUAUAUAAAAGCCAUGGAGAGCAACGUGCAAUCAAAUCAGGUGAUCGAGACGAAAGUGUACAAACGACGAUGGCUGAUUCUAAUAAUCUUCGUGCUGUACAGCGCUAGCAACUCGAUGCAAUGGAUUCAAUACAGCAUCAUUGCAAAUAUCAUUACGGCAUACUACAAUGUAUCCACUUUUUCAGUGGAUAUGACCAGCAUGAUAUACAUGAUAACUUAUAUUCCUUUCAUCUUUCCAGCAAGUUAUUUACUCGAUAGAUUCGGCCUCAGGUUCGCCGUUUUGACAGGUGCGAUCGGAACGAUGACCGGCUCUUGGAUAAAAGUGUUUAGCGUAAGUCCAGAUCGGUUCUGGAUUACCUUCAUUGGUCAAACAUUCGUUGCUGUGAGCCAAACGUUCAUCUUAUCGGUUCCAGCUCGUUUGGCCGCUGUUUGGUUCGAUUUAAAUCAAGUCAGCAGCGCGUGCAGCAUCGGCGUUUUUGGAAAUCAGCUGGGUAUAGCAAUUGGUUUCCUCUUCCCGCCGAUGUUGGUGCAAAACAGCGAAGAAAUUAAUCAAAUCGGCCGAGGAUUGCAUGCGAUGUUCUACAUAGUUGCUGUUUUUACCACUAUUAUUUUGGUCCUUAUACUUCUAUUUUUUAAGUCUAAACCACCACUUCCUCCGAAUGAAGCACAAGCUCAAAUUCAGAGAGAGAACGAAACAUCGAAAAGUUUCUUCAUUUCCAUAAAGAAACUAAUCACAAAUGUUGGUUACUUAUUACUAUUGUUCAGUUAUGGCAUUAACGUAGGCGUGUUUUAUGCCAUUAGCACGCUUCUCAAUCAGAUAAUCCUUCAAUAUUUUCCUAAUCAUGAAAAAGAUGCUGGAAGAAUCGGUUUGACCAUCAUCUGCGCUGGUAUGUUAGGUUCUGUGAUUUGUGGUAUUGUGCUCGAUAAAACACGCAAAUUCAAAGAGACAACAUCAGGCGUUUAUCUUUUUUCCUUUUUGGACAUGAUUAUAUUCACAUUCAUUCUAAUGUCCACCAGUCAAAUAUUCACCAUUUAUAUAAUAGCUGGCAUAUUAGGAUUCUUUAUGACUGGCUAUCUUCCAGUGGGUUUUGAAUUUGCCGCGGAAUUAACAUAUCCGGAACCGGAAGGAACAUCCGCUGGUCUAUUAAACGCAAUGUGCCAAAUAUUCGGUAUCAUCUUCACGAUUAUCUACGGGUAUUUCUUGCACGUUUGGGGUGAUUUCUGGGCGAAUAUUUUCCUCUGUAUUGCGCUAGCUUUUGGUUCGUUUCUCACCAUCAUCAUUCCCAAUGAUCUUCGAAGACAGAGAGUUUUAAAGAAUCCCAUGGUCGAAGGUUGAAAGAUAGAAAAUUGGAAAAUUAUCGACUAGUCUUUGUUGUGAUUGAUGAUAUUGCGAAUGUAGACUUUCCUAAGAUGAAUAUCUUUAAGAUAGAUAAAAAAAAUGAAUUAUUAUAGGUUGUCCAAAGAUAGUUGAUUUUGA